AUGUCGACUUUGCAAGCUGUCAAGUAUACCCGGGGUCAGCUCCAGGUCCUUGACCAGCUCCGUCUACCCCAUGAAUUUCACUACGACAAUGUCGCAACCCGCGAAGAGGCUUUUGACAGCAUCGCGAGCAUGCGGACGCGCGGCGCCCCGGCCAUUGCCAUUGUCGCCAGCUUAGGUCUCGCUGUCGAGCUACACAACGGUUCAGCUCCCGAUGGCUCAACACAAGACAUUGUAUCCUACAUCGACACAGCCCUCGACUAUCUCAAGGAAAGCCGCCCGACGGCCGUUGACCUGACCAACGCCAUCAACCAGCUCAAGGCCAGAAUACGCGCUGCUGGCGACGCUGCCACUAAAGAUGAGGUCGUGCAGGCUUUCAUCGACGAGGCUGAAAAUAUUUUCGAAAAGGACCUCAAGACCAACUUGGCCAUUGGCGACUACGGUGCCGAGUGGCUACGCGCGCAGGUCGGCGCCAGCUCCGACAAGCAGAUUUCAGUGCUCACUCACUGCAACACUGGCUCACUUGCCACCUCAGGCCACGGCACUGCCCUCGGCAUCAUCCGCACGCUCCAGUCCAAGGGACUUUUGCAGCACGCUUUCUGCACAGAGACUAGGCCUUACAACCAAGGCAGCCGCCUGACUGCCUUUGAGCUCGUUUAUGAGGGCAUCCCCAGCACCCUCAUCACCGACUCUAUGGCUGCCUCCCUAUUCCGCACGCGAGGCGCCGAGAAGAACAUUGCGGCCGUCAUUGUCGGCGCCGACCGUGUGGUUCGCAACGGCGACACGGCCAACAAGAUUGGCACCUAUCAGCUCGCCGUCCUGGCCAAGCAUCACGGCAUCAAGUUCAUUGUCGCCGCUCCCACAACGAGUAUCGACCUUAUCACGGACACUGGUGACGGCAUUAAAAUUGAGGAGCGCAAACCCUCCGAGCUCACCCAGAUUACGGGUGCUGUCAUCAAGCCCGAUGGCACCGUCGACGAGACGACCAAAGUGCGCGUGGCUACUGCCGACCAGCGCAUCAAUGUCUGGAAUCCGGCUUUUGACGUGACGCCCGCUGAGCUCAUUGACGCCGUCGUCACCGAGAAAGGCGCUGUUGAAAAGGGUGCGGACGGCAAGUUUGACUUUUCUAAGAUCAUGCCGGAACGCUGGGCGCAGGUUGUCAAGGCUUAA